AAAAAUUAAAAAAAAUGAAAUUCAAUUGAUAUUUAAUGUUUAAUUUUAUUCUUAUUCACUUCGAAAUUCGAAUUCACUUUCUUUUAGUGAAGGGGCCGAAAAAUGAAGUUAAAAAAAAUAAAAAACGAGAAAAAAAUAAUCAAUUUGAACCAACUUUGUGGGUUUAUGCAAUUGUACGCUUUUGUGAUUUUAUCUACUGUGGUAUGCAUCUGAAAGCUUAUUUGUAUCGAGUGUAGGAUUAACAUAUCAAUAGGAUUAUUAUUUUGUUGUGUUAUAAUUGUACACUAUCC